UUAGUUUUCCUCACAGGAGAAAAAGCCAAUUCAGUAUUGAAACGCUAUCCAAGAGCGAAUGGACUUUUUGAAGAGAUAAGACAGGGCAACAUUGAUCGUGAAUGCAAAGAAGAAAUCUGCACAUUUGAAGAAGCAAGAGAAGCUUUUGAAAAUACUGAGAAAACUAAGGAGUUUUGGAACACCUACACAAAAGCACAACAAGGAGAGAGUAACAGGGGAAGUGACUGGUUUCAGUUUUACCUUACCUUUCCAUUAAUCUUUGGUCUCUUCAUUAUCCUCCUUGUCAUUUUUCUAAUUUGGAGAUGCUUCCUCAGAAACAAAACUCGCAGACAGACAGUAACUGAAGGCCACAUUCCUUUCCCACAGCACCUUAAUAUUAUCACUCCGCCUCCCCCAGCAGACGAAGUGUUUGAUAGCAGUGGAUUGUCACCAGGCUUUCUGGAAUAUGUAGUUGGGCGCUCUGAUUCUGUCUCCACUCGCCUAUCCAACUGUGAUCCCCCACCCACCUAUGAGGAAGCCACUGGCCAGGUGAACCUCCGGAGGAGUGAAACAGAACCUCAUUUAGACCCACCCCCAGAGUAUGAGGACAUCAUUAAUUCCAACUCAGCCAGUGCCAUUGCUAUGGUGCCUGUGGUCACCACCAUCAAAUGAAA